AUGCUGAUCACGCUGUGCUACCUGUACCUGUGGGCGCGCUGGGGGCCGCGCUCGGCCGCGCUCGUCCGCAGCACCGUGCGGAGGCUGCACCGCUCCCGCUGCUCCUUCACCUUCUGCGCCCGCCAGCCGCACCCCGAGGAGCGCGUGUGCCUCCGCAUCGGCGGAAAGGUGUUCUGCACCGGCGAGGCGCAGUUCCUUGAUGACUUGAACAGGUGGAGUGUUCUUCUCGUUUCCCCCUUUAUCCACCCUGAGAAGGUGCUGCCAGCAGAGCACAUUGCUUUUGUGACUGAGAGCAUUUCUGCUCAGACAGAGAACCUGCAGAAAGGACCUGACUCUUCAAAGGAGAUUGUGAAGUGGUCAGACUUUUGUUCACCCUUGGCCUAUAAACCUGGUGAACCUUUUAAAUUAAUUGCUGAAGCCAGUGUAGAUAAUUUCAGUAGCCUUGGAAUAGCCUUCCUGGAAGACAGGCUGCAGAUGGAUAACGGGAUGGUGCCACACAGGAUUGUUUCUGUCCAUUUAGAGGAAUCUGCCCUGAAGGAGCUGGCCAAGGAAAAAGAGGUGAAAGAGCAAAGCCCAGACAUGGAUGCAGUAACUCCUGCUGGGAAAGCAGCAUCAGGACGAGGUGAGGAGGAGAAAUCCAAGCUGGAAGAAGAAAAGGAGCAGGAGGAGGCAGGAGCUGGGGAACAUCAUCACUUGCACCUUUCCAGCUGCCACGAGUGUCUGGAGCUGGAAAACAGCACCAUUGAAUCGGUGAAAUUCGCCUCUGCUGAAAACAUCCCCGAGCUUCCCGAUGACUGCAGCAGCAGGACUGGGGAGAAAGAAGGUGAAAGUUUGGAAAAAGGAAUAAAAAGGAUAAACCUCACUGGGAAACCCCCUAAUAUAUUGAUUUACCUGGGCUCUGAGGCUGCCAAGGCGAGGUUUGAGCAGGUGAAGUCAGUCCUGAGGGAAUGCAUCGAUGCUGAGAGCUACACCAUCUACCAGCUGCAGCAGGAGCAAGUGCUCAGGGAUCCUUGGGUUGAAAAUUCCGUGCUGCUGGUCAUUGCCACAGAGGAGCCCAUUCCUGAGAGCAGCCACAAGCAAUUCAUGACAUUUCUGUCCAAAGGGGGGAAGAUCCUCGGGUUUUCUUCCUCCUUCACGUUCGGGGGCGUGCAGAUAAAGCACAAGAAGAAACUGAGGAAAGCUGUGCAUGAGCUGGUGGUCACCAAAAAGGACAACACUGAGGUGAAGCUGAACCUCCUGGCCAGUGGCUGUGUUUUUGAGGAAGGGGUGAAGGAAGAUGCCAGCAGAGUGAAGGUGUUGAGUCGAUUAAAUAAUGCUGAUAAAGACACAGUUAUUGUGCACCUGACUCAUGGGAGCAGUGGAGGAGAAGCCAUCCUUAGCCAGGCCCACUUGGAGCUGGACAGCAAUUCCAUGGAUGUGCAAUCUGAAGAGGAUUUUAAUUUGCUCAAGAUGAGCAAUUCCAGGAGAUGUGAAAUUCUCCAGGAGAUCCUGACGUGCCUUGGGCUGAGCUGUGAAUUGAGUGAAAUUCCUGCUUUAACUCCCAUUUAUCUGCUCUCUCCAGAUGAGGAAAUCCAUCUUGCUUUCCUGAAAUGGCUGGAGGGGAACGUGGAUGCUGAGGGAUUGAGGGCAUCCAGCAAGGUGUCCCUGAAAUUCGUCUCAUCCUGGGAGUCCCAGGUGGAGGUGACUCCAUCCCUGAUGCCAGUGGUCACGGAGAUGGGGAGCUUCUCCUCAGAACAUUUCAGCCUGAAGAUUUACCAGCAGCAUCUGCAAACCAAGAAACUGGGAAAGAUCCUUCUUUUCACUGAGGUGACCACGACAACCAUGAAUCUUCUGGAUGGGUUAAUGUUCGAGUUGCCUGAGGAGAUGGGUUUAAUAGCAGUGGCUGCUCGACAAACACAAGGGAAAGGUCGUGGUGGAAACGUUUGGCUCAGUCCCCUGGGCUGUGCCCUGUCCACUCUGCACAUCUCCAUCCCUCUACAUUCCAACCUAGGCCAGAGAAUCCCUUUUAUCCAGCACCUGGUGUCCUUGGCAGUGGUAGAGGCAGUCAGAUCCAUACCAGGAUAUGAGGACAUUGAGCUGCGAGUUAAGUGGCCAAAUGACAUUUACUACAGUGACCUGAUGAAGCUCGGUGGAGUUCUGGUAAACUCAACACUCAUUGAAACAACAUUUCAUAUUCUCAUUGGCUUUGGAUUUAAUGUGAAUAACAGCAACCCCACCAUCUGCAUCAAUGAUCUCAUUGCAAAGUUUAACAGGGAAGAGGGGACAGAGCUGAAGCCUCUGAGUGCAGAUUGUCUCAUUGCAAGGACUGUCACUGUGCUGGAGAGGCUCAUAGAGGUUUUUCAGGAGAAGGGCCCCAAUGGAGUUCUUCCCCAGUACUACAAGUAUUGGGUUCACAGUGGGAAGCAGGUCCAGCUGCACAGUGAGGAUGGCCCCAUGGCCUGGAUUGUUGGCAUUGAUGACUAUGGAUACCUGCAGGUGCACGAGGAGGGCAAGGGCGUGGAGUCUGUGCACCCUGAUGGCAACUCCUUUGACAUGCUGAGGAACCUCAUUGUCCCCAAGCACUGACAGGGAGCUCCUGAGUGCCUGGCACCAGUCACCUCAGCCUCAGUUCAAGGUGGGAAUGGGAACUGAAAGUUUGAUUUUUUUUUUCCUUCUGAUUUUCUGCUUUGUGUUUGCCAUGGGUAACUUCAGCAGCUGAAAAGAGGUGGUGACCUCAGAGCUGGUGGCCUUUAUUCUUUUCAUUAACUUUAAAACACACCUCUGCUGCCAUUUCUUUGAAGGAUCUGUUCUUUUCAAGGAGUCUGAUUGCAGAGGAGUAUUUGUGAUGAACAGAACUUUCUCUUCAUUUACACCCUUGGAGAGACUGAAGUGGCCCAAUAUUUCCAUUUAUUUUUUGUUUCUGUGUGAUUUAGCAUAGUGCAGGACAUUAUUUACUUUUUUACUUUGUUUUUUUUUUAAAAAAAACCUAAAUUCUAUUUUUCUGUGUUGUCUGCACUAAAGCCAGCUGGAACAUCACAUAUUGCUGAAUUGCUGGGAUCACCACUGUGCUUAAUUCCAGGUCUGAGUGAAGAUCCUUGCUGAUUUGGUUCUUCUCCGUGUAGACCUCUACAAAAAUUUAUCAACCUGUGCUUUGAUCUCAGGUCUGCAGCUCUUAAUGGCUGCCUUGAGUUUUUGGGAGAGCUUUCCAUCAGCACUUAGGAGCUGGGCUUGGUUAUCCAAGUGGUUUGCACUCUGCUCUCCUCAGUCACUUGGAUCUGAGUAAAUCAUCUCAUCUGUCCUUGAAAUCAUGGUUUUCCAAGAGGUUUCAACCCCUGGAAGAAAAACCCACUGGAGCAGUGUCACACCCAGGUCAUUGUAGAAUCCCAUCUCAGGGGAUGGAACCUCUAAAUAAUUUAGAAUUGAGUGGGAAUUAUAUCAUUUUCUCAAUGAAGUUAAGUGAAUAAAUAAAGGGAAAAAAUCAAAUUCCCUGCUGCAAACAGCUACUCCAGUGAAAAAGAGAAAUCACACUGUUCCUCCAUGUCCAAAUUCUCUUCCACAGCUCUGUUGUCCCCUCCUUUCCUAAGCCAGUGUCUGGUUUUGCUGCUAAGCACUAAAAGCAAGAGUUUAACACGUGCUGAGCUGAGAGCAGCUCAUUUUUGGGGCAUUUGCAGGUGAAGAGAACAGCUGGGAAUUCUCCUGGAGCAGCCACAAGGGAACUUGGUGGGGUUUUCUCCCAAGGAGAUUUGGCCACCACAGCUCCCCAGACAAUUCUGUGCCAGCCAGGUUUGUCCCAGGUGUGAUGUGGCCACCUUCAUUUCUUUUUUAUCGUGGUGGAUCAGCCACACUGGUUUCCAGAAAGGAAACUGCUGUCUGCUAGCCAGAAAUGAGGUUUUUUAGGUUAAAGUUCACCUCAUAAACCAUCCAAACAUUUUAGAUUGUUUCAGCUCCAAAGCCAAGAAGUCUUGAAACAAGGAAACUUGUCUGUGAUGGUAAUUUUGACCAAUCCUCACAUAUUAGGGUUUAGGUGGUUUGGCAGCAAGGGUAGAAAUUAAAUUGUCCCUGUUCAAUUUAGGAUUUUAUGCUCCAUCUCACAGAAGAUUUGUCCUGAUUGUCCAAAUCCUGAUGGGGUUUUUUUUUUUUCCCCUUAUGAUCCAAAUCAUGUGAAGCUGCUCACCAGCAUCUCCUAAAACUGCACACACAGAGCUGUUAAUUACCAUAAUUAAAAUGAUGCACCAAGUUUAGCUUUUCCCCACCUUUCAAAAUGCUUUCAAAACUGCUUCGGGCUGAGAACAUUUGGCAGCUACCUUUGAUAUCAGAAUUCAGUAUUAAUGCAUGUUUUAAUCAACUGAAACUUAAGUCUGGCUUAAUAAAGCUUCAAUCAAAAGAAGAAACUCUGUAUUUAUAUAUAAAUCUAUAAAAAAUGGGUGUGCUCACAUUUUCCUGCUGCAUCCUCAUUUAUUUUCUGCCUUUUCCUCCACAAGCAAACUGUGCUGCUGCAAGAGAACAGAGCUCUGGUGCUGCUUUUCCAACCAGAGUUUUACAAAACUUCACCUUAACCCAGAAUUUGUAGUUAAAACUGUCUCAGAUUUAGGAUUGAGCACCUUUUGGGUUUUGUUCAUGAACAGCCUGGUCGUGCCACAAGGCUGGGGCUUGAGUGGCUUCCUUAAAACUUCUCUUAAAACUUGCUAAAACUUUCUUCUCCCUUCACCAGGGACAAAAAAAAAGAUGGGGAAAAGAAAAAAAUAUGAGAAUUUUGGAAGGGCAGAAUGAGUUUGUAAAGCUCCAGUGGCUGAGCAGCAGCAGAGGGAUUUUUUAACAGCAAAAUUCUGCAACAUUUCCUGGUUGGUGUUGGUCCUUUUGUAGCUGCCUUAAUGAUGGUUCUGUUCCCACUUGGAGUUGUCAGGUUAUUCCCAACAUUUUUGCAAUGGGAAGAAACUUGGAGUGGAAUUUCCUGGCCAUGAAGGAGAACUCCCCAAACCUGGGUGUGCCAGAGCACAGUGGGAGCUGGGGGAGCCACUUUGCCUUUUCAGUGGCCUCUUCUGGUGCCUCAGACUUCCAGCCUGGAUUUGGAUUUGGAUUUGGAUUUGGAUUUGGAUGAAGGAUUUGUUGCUUUCCCUUCAGAAGAACCAAAGACAAGGAGAGCUCCCAUGGCAGGAGGAGCAGCUGGGUAAAAUCCUUGUGGAUGAGUCCUUGGAGAAGCCCCUGGCUCUGGCAGGUAGAUGGGAGGAGGCACAAGAGUCUCACUCUUGCUACCCCCAGAAAGCCACAACAUUUUUGCAGGAAAAUCCUCGUUUUUCUUGUUCUCCAUGUGUGUGUGUGUGACAGACAAAUGUGGUGUGUGGGGUGUCCCUGGAUGUGGGGAUGGAGAGAUCCAGGCAGCUCCAGGCCUAGGAAUAAUGCACUGAAAAAGUUUCAUUUCAUUCAGCUGUCUGGAUUAGUAAAACACCUCUUCCAUUGUGAGGCUGAGGUCAUAUCUUAAACUAUUUUCUUGAUGAAGUGCUUUCAAAAAACCCAUUUGUUAUGAUGUUCGUAUUUCUGUGACUUCAUUUUUUUUUUAUAUAUAUAUAUAUAUUUUUUUUUUCCUGCUGGGCUCUGGUAGAACAUUUCUCAUGGUGAAAACAUUUGUGGGGGUUGUUUAUUGAUAGGAAAAUUUCUGGGUGUGUUGGCACGUGUGUGAGUCCAGGGUGGGUCGUGCCCAGUCAGCAACAAAGCUGCUUCCAAAGGUUUGAAAAAGUAAUAAUGUACUUUACAUUUCAGAGUCCAGGCAGCACAUCCUGCAUUAUAAAGCUUUUAUAAGACUUCAGAGCUUUUUUUUCUUUUUUUCUUUUUUUUUUUAAUAUAUCCAGUAAAUCAAGGGCUAUUACCUGGAAAUAAUAUUAAAGCAUUUAAUUCUUUAUGCUGCUGCUUCACUGUGCAAAAAUUCGUUUCUUUGCUUCCUCUUGAUUCAGCUGCAUCAGCAGCCUGAAGAAAAAAUUACUUUUUGCAACUCCUUUGGAGCUGUCUGUAAUCAAAAUAUCUGUCAUGGGAAAGAUUUGUGCUGGUUCCUGGGGAUAACUGGUUUGAUAAAAACAUUUGCAUGUCUAAGUGGUGGUGGGGAUGCACUGCCUUGAUCAGACACCAAAGAAAUUAAAUCUGGGCCCAGGAAAGAGCAGAGGUCAAAAAACGAUGGAGAAAAGAGAACUGCAGGGAAGAAUUGUCAAGUGUUGAGUAUCUCAUUAGUGAUUCUGUCUUAUUUGCAUUUUCCAAGGGUCUUCAUUUAAAUGCAGUGUCUUCAUUUAAAAUGCAACAUGGCAAAAAUACAAUAAAUUUAAAAAAAGAAAGUCUGUGUGUGUUUUGUAGUACAUUAAUUGUCAAUUCUAGAACGUGUCACAGUCGAAAUAAAUUUUCAAAUAUGCA